ACCGACCUGUUUAACAAGACACAGUGAAGGGCGUUUCAUCUUGGCGCGUACAUGGUACUUUGGGUAAUGCUCGCCAUGCUUGCAGUUUGUGUUUUUUCUGAUGGACACUGAACGCUGGGAUGGAGUUCUGAAGGCGACGUCGGAUUAAUUCUGCUUGUAAGAUUCGUGUGCCUUAUCCGAGAACAAGUGUAUAUCUUUCUUACCACUGCAUAAAUAAUACUUGUUGCUGUUAGUAAGAUUACUUGAAUAAUGAAGACGAUUACCACUUUGCUAAGGCUGUCGGAUCGGGAUUUUGUCAAACUAUUUUAAGAUUACUGUCAAUCGAUGCAUUAUUCAAGCUGAUUCAUUUGACUUUAUUCGCUGCAUCGAAUCGUGGCAUCUCGUUAACGACCGACGCAAAUUCUAAACCUGUGUCACGCAGUCUUGUGAUGAAAAGAACUACCUUCAACAGAAACAAUAUGGAAUCGUAUUCUGUUGUGAGAUUAUGACCCGAACAGACGACAUGACUUCCCACGUGACUUUCUGGAUAUUUUUUCUCGCCGUUUGUCCAUGGAGUGUGAGUACAAAUGAUGGUUACCUGAUAGUGGCCCCGUCCGUUUUUAGACCCGGCGUCCGGGAAUUGAUCAGCGUCACCAUUCUACACCCUACCGCCCCCAUCACGGUCGAAUCCAAGUUGAUCACCGAUAAAGGGGAGAUCAUAGCGCAUGAAGGACGCGAAAUAUUCGGCAAAGGAUCACUUGUUUUAGAGGUGCCAAUGAAUGCCAAAGGACUUGCGCAGUUGAAAGUUUGUGGGAACUGCCUGUCUACGGAAAAGAGAGACUACUCGUUCUUCAAUUCCAGUUCUGUGGUGAUCGAAAAGCGACGGUCGGUGCUGUUUAUAGAUACAGACAAACCGAUGUACAAACCGGGACAAACAGUUUACAUCACAGCCAUAACGACGGGCAUCGACCUCAAGCCGGUGAACGAGGACGUGUUACUGUACAUAGAGGACGGACACGGAACAAGGGUUGCACAAUGGACCAAGCUACCUGAAAUAUGUAAAGGCGUGUAUGAAGUUAGCCUGCCUCUUUCGUCACAACCAGUGCUCGGACAAUGGAUGAUAUAUUCCGAGGUCAGAGGUCACGACUACAACAGAAGCUUUACAGUUGAAAAAUACGUUCUGCCUCGAUAUACCGUGGACAUUCAACCACCAUCCUAUUUCCGUGAUUGGACACGCUGUGAAGAAUUUACCGUUACCGCUAGGUAUGUGUAUAACCAGCCUGUCCACGGCCGGCUGAUUGCAUCCGCCUCACUCAAGGGCCUAGGGUAUUACUCCGACUAUCAAGGGGAGACAAUCGUCAUAGAUCAAACGAUUGAUGGAUCAACAUCAUUUAACCUCUGCAUAGCUGAUCUUAUCCGGAACGAGGUUGGGGAUCAUUUCCGGGGUCAUGUUGACGUUGAAGCAGAGGUCGUGACCCCUGACGGGAAGUCAGUUAGGGCCAGUGAUGGAACAUGCGCUGUCAACAAGCAACUCGUUGAUGUAGCAUUUUCUUCUGAUACGAGAAAAAAUUUUAAGCCCGGAAUUCCUUUUAAGGGCAAGGUGAAUGUGAUGUACCCUGACGGAAGUCCAGCAGAAAACGUCACGAUUCUACUCAGGACCGACGUCAACGGAGGAAACUUCUCCGCCAAGGUGUAUGACGUCAUAUCCGGUGCCGUUCACUUCGAAAUUCCUGAACUACCAGUGGCUUCAAAUGUUGUAUGGAUUGAGGCCAAGGUUUUGCAGGUGUCAGGCCGUGAUGUGGCUAACACGUAUCUCUCCUCCCACAUGUCAAUCACCGGUUGGUACUCACCCAGUAAGUGUCACGUGCUCGUCCAGGCCAAAGAUUCUGUCUUCCGGGUCGGCAAAGAUGCUCGGUUCAGCCUCCUGUCCACGUGCCCAUGUAACUUCACUUUGUUUUUCGAGGUGAUAUCUCGCGGGAAUAUUGUGCACUCUGGGAUUCACUAUUCUCACCAUCACGACAAGCGAGACGCCGAGGUCCGCUUCACGGAGCAAACGUUGGUGCCGGAUACCACUGAUGAUCGUCUGUGUAGUACUCACUUCAAGUUCACGGUCACUCCAAAGAUGGCUCCGCUCAGCAGGCUUCUGGUGUACUACGUCAGAGAAAACGGGGAAGGCGUGGCUGAUGCAACUACACUAAACAUCGAGCCCAGCUUUGAAAACAAGCUGGUUUUGCUGACGUCAAUCAAGGAGGCGUUGCCAGGUGAUAGCUUGGAGCUGACGUCACGAACGAAGCCGGACUCGUGCGUCUGCUUGACAGCUACCGACAAGAGUCUGCACUACCUCGGUAACAACAAGAGGCUUAACACAGACAUGAUAUUCGACGAAAUGCGGGAGUUUGACGUGACCUUGACCGGUAGUGAGGCUCCCUACUGGUGGGGCUUAUCCUCAAGAUACAGGCGCUCUCUGGACCUCUGGAGUCUUCUCAAGAAUAAGGACGCCAAAUUUGCCUUCGAGGAGGCUGGUAUGCUUGUGAUGACGGACAGGGUACGGUUGCAUCACGGGAAGGACCUUGGCUCCAUUUCCGGUCCAGUCUUUCACAGGCCUGGGUACCUACCUGCAGAAUCAUUGGAAGUUUUCAUGAGAGGUAUGAAACACCGGAAAGCUAACUUGCGCAAGCGCAGAACAUACUUUCCUGACAUGUGGUUCCGGAAAUGCUACAAUACGACUUCGAGCAGUAAAUAUCACUCAUUUUGGACCACCAUACCUGACUCUCUUACCACGUGGGUGGUAAACGGGUUUUCUGUGUCUACCAAAGACGGUUUGUCUGUAGCGCGUUCCAUAGAAGUCACGACGGCCAAGUCGUUUUUCUCUGAGCUCGCCCUGCCCUACUCCGUCAUUCGGGGUGAGCAAGUGAAGAUUCCCAUCACUGUCCAUAACUACUACGAUUACUGCACUGAGGUGUACAUUAAUAUCAGGGUACCAGAGAGCGUAACACUGUUGUUAUCCAGUGAGAACACUAAACAGAUUGCUGUUUGUAUCGGGAAAAAUACGUCUGUCACUAAAAGCUUCGCGGCUUCCUUCAGUGGACCUGGGGUGGUGAAUAUCACAGCCAUAACGGAGGGGUACCCCAGCUUAAGGUGCUGCUCCGGCACCCCUACAACUAACUGGUCUCUUAUUAGAAGGAAGAUCGUGGGGUAUGAUCACGUGACGCGCUCAGUCCGUGUAGAACCUGAGGGCAUCCUCAAAGAGUACACGAACUCGGUGUUCCUGUGUCCAAAAGAGAGCCUCCAUGUCUCUACUCCAGCGGCGUUCGUCGUCCAAUAUCUACCAAAACCACGAGGAAUGACGGCAUUCAGCUUUACCGUCCGCGCAGUCAGUUCUGCGCACCUCCGACUGACGUCAGUUCCUGGAGACACAAAUCACGUGGUAGAAAUUCUCAUUGGAGGAAAUGGCAACAGCUUAUCAUCUAUUAGUAGAGGAAAAUCAGAUUCUGACCAGGUGACAGCACACACCCCAAAUGUACUCACUAUGGAGGAGUACAGAGCCUUCUGGGUGUCGUGGGAAGGCGGACGUGUCAGAGUGGGCUUGGGAUCUCAUAUCAACUACCAGCAGCUCAUGAGUCUGGACCUGCAUGAGGAGCAUACGGUGGAGUAUAUUGGGUUUGCGACGUCCAGCGGGGUGCCAGCUACAUUUAAAAUCUGGACAGAUUCCGAAGGGACCUAUGGGGAGGUCUUCCAUCUUGGAAUUCCAGCCAAUCACGUUAAGGGUUCAGCAAGAGCGGAAGUUAAACUCAUCGGUGACACCCUUGGUUCCACGAUGAGGAAUCUGGACCAAUUGAUUCGUCUCCCUCAUGGGUGUGGUGAACAAAACAUGGUGUACUUCGCGCCCAAUAUCCACGUUUUGAAAUAUCUCAAGUUAACUGAGCAACUGUUAGACGAUGUCCAAGAGAAAGCGCUGUAUAUGCUAACUAAAGGUUACCAGCGGCAGUUGACAUAUCAAAGAUGGGAUGGAUCCUACAGCGUGUUCGGAGAAAAAGAUGCCUCUGGUAGCAUGUGGCUGACUGCGUUCGUGCUUAAGUCACUGAUCCAGGCCAAGGAGUUCAUCUACAUCGACCAGACGUUGAUAGAGAGGACGGAGAACUGGAUGUUGUCUUACCAAGAGGAAGACGGCUCCUUCCCUAAUAUAGGCAGAGUGAUUAACAAGGAAUUACAGUCCGGAGCUCACAGCGCUAUACCUUUGACGGCAUACGUGCUGACGUCAUUAUUGGAACUGCCACGAGACGAUGACUAUGUACAAAGCGCCAUAGAGCGAGCUAAGUCGUUCCUUGAAGGCAAGGUUUCCGUCAUAUCUGACCCGUACACUGCCGCCUUGUGCUCAUAUGCUCUGUCAUUAGUCAACAGUGAUAUGGCUCUAAUGGCGUUACGGAAAUUAAACCAGAUGGCUCUGACAACAGACGACAUGAAAUUCUGGAAGAUUAGUGGACGUCCAGUACAGAAGGAUGUCAUCUAUACUUUCCAAGAUGGACUUACAAAGAGUGUUUCUUCAGCGGAAGUAGAGGUCGCUGCUUACGCUCUGCUGACAUACAGCACUCGUGGUGACGUUACGUCUGCUCUGCCUGUUGUCAAAUGGCUGUCAAGAAAACGGAAUGCGUGGGGUGGAUUCUCGUCAACUCACGACACAUCCAUAGCUCUUUACGCAUUAUCUAAAUUCGCCACUUUGGUGUACAGCGGUCAGCUUAACAUGUCCGUGACCUUGGCCUCCACCAACCUUGAUCUUCAGCAGAAACUCACGCUUCACCCUGGCAACAGUGACGUCGUUCAGUCCGUCCCCAUACCAACGCUUCCCACGGGAUUAUUUGUCAGCGCGGUUGGAGACGGCUGCGCACUACUUCAGGUGGAUGUGGAGUACAAUAUUCCAGACCCAAGUUCCCGGCAAUCAUUCCACGUGACGGUCAAUGUCCGGCAGACCCGCAAGGGAGAUAACCAGUACUUGAGUCUUGAAAUCUGUUCAAGAUGGAUACACGCGGGAAGUUCUAACAUGGCGGUCACUGAGGUGGUCUUGUUAUCCGGAUUUGAAGCAGAUACGGAAACGCUCGAUGAGCUUUUGAUCACCAGCGAAAACGUCAAACGAUACGAAGUAAACAAAAAGACCGUCGUCUUAUAUAUGGACGAGAUCAGUAGCAGAUGUCGUACAUGCGUAUCAUUUUCCGCAAUACAAAUCUUCAAAGUAGGGAAGAUCACAAAGGGCUCUGUAAAAGUCUAUGACUAUUACGAACCCGCUUACGAAGCCAUCUCAUUUUAUAGUGCGACCAAAACCAGCGGUCUAACGGGAUCCAUUUGUGAAGGGGGCAUGUGUAAUGAAAUAUACGAGGGAAACGAAGAGGAAAUCAGCGAAACAGAGUCCUGCAGCUCUCCGAACGGUUGCCAUGAAAAAUCCGUACCGAAGUGCCACUGCUACAAAGAGUGUACCGGAAGCUUAACCCCUGUCUGCGGAACUGACGGCGUGAUGUAUGAUGGGAUAUGUGAAUUAAAAAUGGCGGCUUGUUCGAGAGAUAUCGUCAUCGACAUGACUAACGAACGUUUUUGCGAUAUGCUUACAAGAGAAAAGACUAAAAACGGGUUGGAUUCCAUUGGAGAUGAAAUGGACGAUUCUUUGCCAGAUCACAUGUAAGGGAUCUUGACCAGCAAGGCUGAAACAUUGUGCAACCUCAUAUUUGUAAUAUACAUGCUUUUAUGGCGGCAGUUCGCGGCAGAGGUCACAUUCAUUGUGGCGAUGUGCUACUAGGAGUUGUUUCACAGGCAAGGGAGACAACUUUGCAUAACAGAAACGGCACAGCAGAGGUUGUAACGUGAAGAUGAAAGUAGGAAUACCUAUUCAAGGUACAAUGUCCAGAGGUUUACAAUGAUAGUGAGCCUCCAUUGCAUGAAGGUAACUAAUGUCAUACAAAAGAAAUAAAGUCACUUUUUUACUUCUUAAUACCGUGCUUUCAGCAAGAAUGUUCUCACGCGCAUACUCCACACAGCGCAUGCGUCGCACACCACGUUCGGUUUACAUCACUGUCACCACUAACAAAUUUCAAGACAUCAGAUAUUAUGUAGCGCCCAAUCACCGAGCAAUAUAAGUCCCCGUCUCCUAAUAUUAA